GCCCGCCCGUACGCAAGCACGCACUCACGCAAGAAGGUACGCGUGCGUAUGUGGUGUGAGCGCCAGCUACGGACAGUGGUAUAAGCUUGAGCGAGUCGCGGAGUCCCACAGAAUGUUGAGUGGCACUGGUGUGAGCGACAUCGCGCGUGCGUCGGUGAGCAGACAAAGCCAGCUAGGGCAGGAGUUAGUGGAAUCUCUACUACGCGCACCAGGAACUAAUAAACAACAAAAUCAAACUCCUCGGCCGUGAACAAUUCCUACCAAGAAACAACUGGAGACGACCCACAAGAAACAUAAUACUUGUCCAGCUGAAAAGAGGGAAAGUAUCAAAGCCCAACCUUUCGCAAGACAGACCUCGUGUUAUCGAAGGCAGCAAACGGCUGUGUUCUACGGGGGAGUCGUUUUUACGUCGUCAUCAGGACAGUAAAUACAACGACAGACAUAUUGUUAUAUGAUCAAUAAUAUUGCACGUCCCGCCUUUAACGUCCAGCACAGGAGACGUGUAAAAUCCACGAUAGCCAGUAACACCCUCCAGCCGCACAUACAUUAUAAAGGAACGGUAAAGAAGCAAUAAAAAAGAAGGCAGCCCAAUCUUCUUUCUUCUACUUCUUCGUUCUCUCCAUCCGCGUCGACACCGCCAUGAGCAACCAUCAGCUAAGUCCUGACGACUAUUCCAACAGCGCCAGCGAGAGACUAUCACUGCGCAUGCCCGAGCGGAAGCGGAAGGACUCGGCAAGUUCCGGUAACGCCUCCUCGUACUGGGUCAUCCGGAACCAAUCCGUGCUCACCUGGCUCACUCGCCUGGUGUUCCUGCUGCUCACGAUGGCAAACACAGCUGUCAUCGUCGCUUCUGUGCUGCUCAUGCAGGAUUGUCGAGAACACCUGAGCCCGCUGAAGACCCUGGUGCCCCAGAGCGCCAACUUCUGCACCAACCUGGGCAUGCCCGCGCUGUUCGCCUGCUGCAUCACCGUGUUCACAGUGUUUGGUCUGGGCUGCACUGGCAGGCGGCUCACUGGGUACGCCCUCAUCGUCAUCAGCUCAGUGGAGAUCUUACAGGGUGUGACCACUCUGACGUUCUACCAGUGCCACAGGAUGUCUCGGCAUGAGGUGCUGGAUACCAUCAACACUAGCCUGACCACUUGCAACCUGGACGCACAACUCUUGUGGCCGCGUCACACACUGACCACCGGAUCCUUUUCUCUGCAGUCGCCCUCCUAUUCAGCAGACGCCCCAGUGUCCUGGAAGAGCAAGAUCUCUCGUUCACACGUUGUGCAGCAGCUAAACGUGAAGUCCAGAAGGAGAUUCUCCGGCCCACCACGACAACAGCGAGUCAACCGUACCACGGUGACCGUAAAUGGUGCGGCGGAGAGUGUGGCCUACGCCGUCAAAGGAGCCAGACUUCCUAGUGUACAGCGCGGCUGGGCUGACCACCAGCUUGGAAGUGACCGGAUCAUGAAUUAUGCUCUGAACGCUGAAGACGACACAGAUUCUUUCCUAGAAACGUCUUCAACAACACCAAUAACAACGCAGCAAGAGCCACUGCGAGCCACAAAACCGCCUCUAGGGCAUGGCUCGAACCCAGACCGCCUUGAUGAACUGACAACAUCUUCCACAGCCCAUCAGGACGACAUAUGCUCUUCAGAUUCGGAAAUUUCCCGACAGAUUUCCAAGCGCUCACCAAAAAGUACAUUGGACAAAUGCAUCUCCAUUUGCCAGACGUACAGGUCUAUGUGUUCCCUUGGGAGAUCACAGAAUGCUCAAAAGCCAACGCCAAACACGAGACAAAGCCAGACGUUCUCAGAAAACGGGGUACCGGCGACAAGUUUCCAAGAAAUGAAGCACCCGAAAGCACUCGGCCUCCACACGGGUGUUCAUUCACCCGAAACGAAACAAGACAGAAACAUGGGCUUUGUGGACAACAUAAUGGCCCAUCUCAGGAAGUCGGGAAGCCCCAAAGACGUGACACAGACUGCAGACGACGGUCAAGCGGAGACGGCGGACAGUCCACAGACCCUGACCAGCGGGGAGUGCGAGGGGACGAUCUAUGCACGCGUCAACCACCUGUGCCACUACGACAACAACGUGAUCAUCCCGCUCUCCAUGUGCGCGCCACUGUUCAACAUCCUCAUGUCGCUCUGCUUCAUCUACCUCGCCGACUGUGACCGGAAACUCAAGGAAGCUCUCGGAGACAACGGCAUCUUCAUCAAACUGCCCGGAAGCGACAACGCCGGCGGUCGCAAUGGCAACGCCUGCUCCCGCUGGCUGCUCUGGCCAUGCGCAGGGCUCUUCCGUCACGGCAAAGAUGGCGCCGAGGAUCACCACGUCGAGGUAGGCGACGGCUGCAGACGAUGCGGCCAGAAACUGGCGACCAAGUGUUGUCCGCAGCCCACAGACUCGCUGUGCUGUCUUCCGUACCGAGCGCGCAACUCGCCUUCACAGCAGUAUCUCUCCGAGUACUCCACGACGUAUGAGGAACGGCUACAACUCAAACCUCUCCCGUCACUGCAGCGGACGAACAGCUCCCCCGGGACAAGCGCGCAGUCGCUGAUUGUGGAGGACAAUUCCAUUUCAUCGUUGCCCCAGAAAUGAUGACGCUGUUGCGUUUAGAUUCGUCCGAUACCGCCGUCGCCUCAGAAAUGAUGACGAAAUCGCGUGUGGAUUAGCGAGGUGACGACCUCUAAUACCCCUGCACAAUCCCAUUCGAAUUAAUUUGAUUCAGUAGGAGCCACUCAGAUCUUCCUUCAGGUUUUAUUUUGGUAGUCGCAGUCGAAUUUUGUCAAAUUUACUCGAAAUUGUACAAAAACGGCAUUUUGUGCCUCAUCUAUAAAGGAAGAUCCUGCUGCUCCCGACUCAGUCAAAUGAAUUCGAUGGGCCGUGUGUACUGGGUAUAACGUUUCUGUUGAACACUGUUGAGAAAUACGCUAUUGCUGACGCCUUAUCAUAUGUACAACUGAGCUGCCGCCAUUAGGCUCAUCAUUGUCAUUACUAACAUUCCUUUCCAUCACCCCCCCCCCCCCCCUUCCUUUCCCACCCACCCACAAACAAGGACAACUAAACAAAAAAAUUCAAAACAAAAAUAACAACGAUCCCCAUACCCCUUCCUCACCCACCCCCCUGGCGAGCUCUGGUAAUAAACAGUCUUUCCGAUAUUUCAUUGGUGCAAUUCUCGUCAGACCCCCGUGUCCACGGCAGUGUUGACUUACGACAUUGCGCAGUGUGUGAGCAGUGAGCAACUCCUGGCUUGGUUGUCUUUGCAAAAGAACGCAGUAGGAGGACCGAAGGAAGGGGA